UUUCCCCCCAGCCGGAUAUAUUUAUUUUUUUCAUCUUCACAAUAGAAUGUAAAAGUUAUUGCGAAAGGUGCACGUGUGUGACUUUAAGAAGUGCAAGAUAAGGUUUCUGUUUUUAGCAGCAGACUCCCAAGAUUAAAAAUAGCGUGCGAGCCCUCAAAUUCCCCCAAGAGACGCUCGAAUUCAUUCGCGCCCCAUUACUGAAGUAAAGCAAGAGAAGAAAAGUAACCCCGCCGUUAUACUGACAAUCAAAUCACGCUGUUACGUCCCAAACUUCUGAGCAAACAAACUUUAGAUUAUUUAAAGCCAUUUUGGCAGCUCCUCAGAGGCAACACGUGUGUCAUGAAAACGCGUUAGCCUCUCAGCACCGGUGACUUCAGUCUCUCACAGAACAGCACUAGGAAGAGAGCAGAAAAGACGGAUGUAACGCAAUGAGCCCAGUAGUGAAAGACACGACGUAGCGUUGCUGUUUUUGAAUUAGGGUUAAAAACGUGCUUUCUUUUUCUUAUGCCUUUCUUGAAGGAAUAGCUCUCUUAGGGAUCGGUUCUCACGCGUAAAGGAGCGUGUUUCUCAGAAGGAUUUAUUUAUUACAAGUUACCAAUGGGGUCUCAAGGGCCAGGACGUAGAAGAACCCCCAGCAAAAAUGGGUUGACUGGUGAGGAAGAUGCCCUCAACGUAAUCGCAAAAGAGGCUGAGGCCCGUUUGGCAGCUAAGAGGGCGGCCCGUGCAGAAGCUCGUGAGAUCAGGAUGAGAGAACUGGAGAGACAACAGAAAGAGAUUUAUCAGGUGCAGAAGAAAUACUAUGGACUGGAUAACUUGGACAACAAAUGGGGGGACAUUGAGCAGUGGAUGGAGGACAGUGAGCGAUAUACACGUGUCUCACGGAGACAUGCUUCGGUGUCAGAUGAUGAAGAACAGAUGUCAGUGGGGAGCAGGAGCAACAUACGGUUGGAUUUGGAUGCGGCGGGUGCUUACGGCGUGCUUCCCCAGGCCUCCUCCUAUCAUAAGAAGUCCAAGAAAAAGAAGAAACAUUCUUCCAAAAGUAGCAAUGGUUAUGACGAUGAUCUCAGUACAGUGUCUAGUCGGAGCUCCAGACUCAGUGAUGAGAGCAAAAUCUCUCGCUCCUCUAGACUUGAUCAGCAGUCGAAAGCCUGCCAUUCAUCUGAACUGUACAGCAGCAGUAGUUAUUCCUCUAAACAUCAAGCCCCUUCCUACAAUCGCUGCCAGUCGUCUUUGCUGCACAGCAGGAAGCACAGGGGCUCUGUAUAUGAGGACAGUCUCUACAGUGGCUCUCGACGCCCCAGUGCUCGUGCUUCCUCUGAAUACGGUGGUUUCCCGGGCUCCAGCUUUAGGACUUCGUCCAGAGCAAAUUCUGCGUGUGGAAGUCCAGUGGAGGACUGCAGCAGCUCCGUGGCUAGUUUUAUGCGCAGCUCAGCUAGUAUCAGUGGCCUCUCUAGAGACCUUGACCAUGUGGUCAUUCCUGACCUGCCAAACGUUAAUGGGAGGCUGUCAAUGGCUGAUGACAGGUUAGAGCGAGACUACUUAGAAAAGGGAUCCUCACGAGCAUCAACUAUUUCUGGCGCCACUCUUACCUCUCUAGGUGGGACGUCCUCACGGAGAGGAAGUGGAGAUACAGCCAUCACUGCUGACACAGAAGCAUCCAUAAGGGAAAUCAAGGAGAUCCAUGAGCUUAAGGAUCAGAUUCAAGAUGUGGAGGCAAAGCACAUGCAGAACCUCAAAGAGCUCAAGGAUUCUCUUUUGGAAGUGGAGGAAAAGUACCGUAAGGCCAUGGUCUCCAAUGCACAGCUGGACAAUGAGAAGACCAAUAUGAUGUAUGAAGUGGACACUUUGAAAGACUCUUUAAUGGAACUGGAGGAGAUGCUCUUUGAAACACGCCGUGAGCUUGAGGAAAAGUGUAAGGACCUUGAACGAGAGAAGCAUGCUCAUAGCAUACUGCAGUUUCAGUUCAGUGAACUGAAGGAGACGUUGAAACAGAGUGAAGAACUGCUCACUGAGAUCCGUCAAUUACAGCUCAAGCAAGACGGCAAUGUUAGGGAGAUUUCUGACCUCCAGGAAACUAUUGAGUGGAAGAAUAAAAAAAUUGGGGCAUUAGAAAGGCAGAAGGAAUUUUCUGAUGCCAUUCGAAAUGAACGGGAUGAGCUUAGAGAUGAGGUUGUUCAGCUCAAAGAUAUUUUGAAGAAACAUGGCAUUGUCCUUGGACUCGACUUGGCCACCAAUGGAGAAACAGAUGAAGUCGGAAAGGCUGAUCAGAAUUCUCAAACUGCAUCAGCUGAAAUCCGAGAGGGGAGUAGUGUACUAGGCACUCAUCAGUUGAAGGUGUGUAAAGACCAGCAACAAAAAGAUUUGGAUGAUGGGGUGCCAGGGAAUCAGCAGAUUUCAGCAGAGCUCAGUUCUACAAAUGCAGCUUUAGAAGCAAAUGAGAUUGGAGAUCUUGGGGAUCAAAUGAAUCAGGGUGUAGAGCAGCCUGAGAAUAGACCUGAAGAACCUCCAAGUUCUGUUGGUGAUGAUAAACUCACUGCUACAAGACCCACGGAGCAGAUCAAAUCUGAGGCACAUAUACCAGAAGAUUCAAGAGCUAAUACAGAGGAAUUAGAGUGCAUUGUUCACAAGGAUGGACAUUUGGAGACAGAUCAACAAGAGAGUGAAUGUGUCAAACUUAGUCAGGUCAUCAAAGAAGAAACUCCUUUAGAGUCUGUCUCUGGUUCUGUCCAUGAUGAACCUGAUAAACCUGGUCAACCUGUGCUUGAUGAUGAACUCAAAGAGGAGCCUGCAAAAUCAUCUCAAACAGACAAGCUUGCCAAAACCCAAGGUGCUAGUGCUUCAAAUAAAAAGAAGAAAAGGAAGAAGAAAAACAAGCAGAAGCAAAAACAAAGUCACAAGCUAGAGAUUGACACAAAGAUAGAUGACAAGACUAAAACAGUCUGUAGUGAAGACAACCCAAACCAAAAAACAGAAGGUGAUCUAGAAGGAAACAAUCAGGAGCCCUUAGGGAAUGAUGUAUCCCAAACAACGAUGAAUACAGAUGUCCCACCUGAUGCUAAAAGAACCAGUGAAUUGGAUGGUAUCAAAACAACAAGUGCAAAUAUACAUGCUGAUGAGAUUCAAGAUAAAAUUCGGUUAGUUACAGAUGAAGCUGAUUUAGCAGGAAUUUCUAAAACAAUCUCUAAUUUUGAUUGUCCUGAAUCUAGCAAUGGUAUCAUUUCAGAUGAUCUGUCCAGCAAAGUUAUCUCUAACCCUGCAAACAUUAUUGAUAAACACACUGAGGAUUCAACAAAUCCUGACUCUGAAGCUGUAGACUUUAGUUGUGAGCUUGUAUCUUCAGAAACUGAGACUUCACUGCCUCGUGAACCUGCUGCUCAGUCCAUGGAUGCAGGUGAAGGGGGUGUUGAGUCCAUCAGCUGCUCUGAGAACAUUGAGAGAUCUUCAUCAAUAGACAUGAAGGAAGUGAAGAGUCAUCUGAACUGUGAAGUGGAAGAACAGGAGGUAAAUGUCCAGAACACUGAUAUAGAUGGGACCACUAACCCUGAAUAUCAAGAUGACUCUGCUCAUCCCCCUUCCUCUGUAAAGGAGAAUGUGGAAAAUGAAGCUGAAAGGGUAAUCCAGGAACCAUCUAUUGAUCAGCCAAUGGAAAACCAACUUCAAGACCGUAUUGGAGCAGAAUUGGAGCAGGAAGAGGUUGAGAGACGAGAUGAUCUGGAUAAAGAAAACCUUAAAGCGCCUACUGAAAAAGUGUCUGAUACCCAAGAAAGUAUUGUAUCAGGAUUAGACCAGGAAGAGGUUGAGAGACGUGAGGAUCUGGAUAAAGAAAACCUUAAAACGCCUACUGAAAAAGUGUCUGAUACCCAAGACAGUAUUGGAGCAGAAUUGGAGCAGGAAGAGGUUGAGAGACAAUAUGAUCUGGAUAAAGAAAACCUUAAAACGCCUACUGAAAAAUUGUCUGAUACCCAAGAAAAUAUUGGUUUAGGAUUAGACCAGGAAGAGGUUGAGAGACAAGAUGAUCUGGAUAAAGAAAACCUUAGAGUACCUACUGAAAACAUGUCUGAUGGAAGCCAUGGUGACAACACCCCUUUAAUUGAGACACAGGUUCAGGUUGUGCAUGAGGAUCACUCGUCUCCCAAUGAAGCAAUUAAGGAAUCAGUUGGAGAGUCAGAUUCUUCUGACCAAGAACCUAAGGUUGGAAAAGAUGAGGAGGAAAGAUCGAUCCAAAAUCAGCUUAAAGUGCAACUGUCUAAAGAUGGAGAAGACCUUCUGGUAAAGUCAGAUGUGGCUGCUCAAGAGCUGAUAGAAGAAGAAGAGGAAGAUGAAGGAGAAUCGUUUGAUUUUGAUGAAAUGGAUCUUGAAGCAUCAUCAGAUGCCCCUCUAAAAAAUGUUCUAGAUCAGCCAACAGAAGAAGGUACUCUUUUCAAAAAUUACAUCCAAGAAGCAAAACAGGAAUUCCAAAGUAAUGUCACCAAUGAGGACCAAACUCAGAAAGAACAUCUAGAACUUGCAGAUCAGGAAUCAAAGUCUAAAGAGCAGAAAGAUGAUGGACAAGACACAGAAAACCCACAAACAACAACAGUUAUACAAGGAUGUUUAACAGAGGACAGCCAAAUCAGCAGUGAAGUCAAACCUAAUGAUCAGCAGCAUGAGACUUCUGGAAAUAAAGAUGCAUUUGAGGAGCAUCAGCAGGCAUCAGAAAAUGUGACGCUCAGUAAAGGAGUUAAUCUGAUCUCAGAGAUGGAGAAAAGAAAUGUUGGCCAAGAGAUCAAUAGUUCCAUUCAACACGGAAACAAAGUGUCAAGUAUUUCAGGAGAUCUGGAAGUUGAGAAGGAAACCACAGAAAGAAACAAGGCACAUGAAAGAAAAGAAUCUAAAAAAAGUGGAAAAGGGAAAGGGAAGGGCAAGGGGAAAGAAGAAUGUAAAAUGUCUUAAUAGACAAGGACAUUGCUGAGUCUCAUCCCAGCAUCUUCAAUGGAAAAAAGUAUUUUGCACUUAUGCUGUUCCUAAUGAAAUUAUUUUGGGACCAUUACUUCAGAGAACCCUAAAAUAACCAAACCUAUCUUACAAUCAAUCCCAGUUAUCAGUCAUUGCAUCUUUUCAGCAAACAUUUUAUACAUGUUUUACACCUGAUUAACAAUACAGACAGAACACUUGAAAUUAGUUCAAACAGUAUUUAAAAUCCCCAAACCAAUUACUUAUUAAAUGCUAUGGGUUUAAAGUGUCAUUUGUAUUAUGAAAUUUUACAUGAGCAUGAAUAAAAUGUUCCUUAUACUAUAUGAGUGAUACAACUGAUCAGCUUUCUGUCUGUGCUGCAGUCAUGUUUAGCAACUCCUUAAUUACACUGUUUUCGGUAACAAAGGACCUAUAAUGUAUUUUGGGUUAAAUGGGUGUUAUGUUGUUAAAAAUGGUGGUAAAUAAAAAAUAAAAAAGUUA